AUGCCCGUCAUACCAGCCUUCGUGCUGAAUCUGGAUCGGCGAGCCGAUCGACUCCAAAACAUCUCUCGUGCGUUGCACCAGCAGGCUCCGUGGCUCUUUCCGAAGACGUGCCGUGUCUCCGCUCCAAACGGCCGCGCCUUUGGCGAGCACCUGAAGGAGUCCUUGGUUCCCGAGUGGCUCUGGCGACUCGCACUUGAGCGAGACCGGAAGCAGAUGGCCACGCUUGGAGGUCCGCUCACGAAGGGGGCCGUGGCCCUCAUCGUGGGCCAUGCUCGGAUGUGGGAGCACUUAGUGCAGUCCAAGGCACCCUGGGGCAUCUUCAUGGAGGAUGACCUGAUGUUCUUCCACCCUGGGCUCGAGGCACUCUUUGGGCAGCUGGGGAAUUCUCAGCUUCCCGCGCCCGGGAAAGACUGGGACUACCUUCAAAUCCAAGGGGGCGAUUGUCCCCAGCAGAGCCGCCCGCCACUGCACAUCCUGGCGGGGACCGGCUACAAUACAGGCAUGUACAUCCUCACCAUCGAAGCAGCCAAGCGCGCUAUUCAGGCCCAUUUUCCGAUGGUGAAUGAGCAGUUGGACAAUCCAGAGAACUUUCUGCGCAGCCAAUGUCGCGGGCACAGGGUCUGCCCCGCUGCAGCCCAACAGCACGGAUCUUUGGUCGACAGCGAUGUCCAGAUCCCACCGAAGGCGGUGAUCUUGAAAGAGGAGCCGGUGAUUCCGGACUGCCCUGCGCUGGCGAAGGGUGAGAUGUUGCUACCAGACCUCUUGGAUCCUGAAGCCGGCGGUUUAGGCUUUAUGGCUUAG